AUGCCGGCGACCAUAGACCAAAAGCCGUCACACAGUGUAACCUCCGCUGGUCCUUUGCGGAUAUCGAGUCCUCAGGGAUUAGAAGAGUCUCAAUUCAACUACACCGACAUCGAGCAACGGAUACCCAGGUCUCUGGCGCCGUCGCCGUCGUCGUCGAUCAUAUCAGCACCAGCCAUGAAAAGAACCCUCGAGAUCCCUGAGAUCGUCCUCUUAAUCCAGGAGCAGCUCGACCGUCCUUCCCUCCUGACCUCCCUCCGUGUCGCCUCUCUGUGGCACCAGGUUGGUCAGCAUCUCGUCUGGCAGACCGUCGACUGGGACAAUGCCACCUCCAACAACGCCGCUGUCGCAGGUGCCGGUGCUGACGCCAGGACGAUCGAGGGGAUGAUGGUCGAUAACAGUCAUCGGAUACGGACCUUGCGGUGUAUGUUUCACUCCCAGGCUGGAACUAGCUUUGUUGACUCGUCGAUUCUGUUGAGGUCCCUGUUGACGACGAGGGGUGGUGGAAGACGAGGAGGAGGAGAUGAAGGGGGAGAUUGGCUCAGGACGAGGAACCUCAGGACAUUGUCACUCCGUGGCCACUUCAGUCUCCAGUCCAUUGGUUAUUGUGUCGUCAGCAGUAUCGACACAGCGACUCCUCCUCCCUCUGCCCCAAGAUACAUCCCCUUUCGUAUCCCAACCCUGGCUCACCUCGACAUCCGGCCCUUCGUCAACUCUGCGGUUGACCUGCAUCUUAUCCUAGAUACUGCUAUUGGUCUCCGGACGCUGGUUGUCGAUUCUCACGGAUCCUUUGCCGACAGUAGCUCUGACCAUCAUACUCCUCAGGGUUCAGAGGCUAUUAUACCCGAGCACCAUGUACACCAAGUUCAUGAGUCGUUGGUGUCGCUCAAGAUCCAGCACCUCAAGAUGAGUCGUCAGGAACUAGAGGGUGUUGCUGCCCGGUGUCCGAAUCUGGUCGAGCUCCAGUCCCUCUGUAGUCCGGCCACACUUUGGAGGUCUCCGCCUGGCUCUCAGCCACAGCAGCACCAACAGGACAUGGAGUCUUUACAUACGACACAACAGCAAAAAGGGCAACUCAACAGCAGGAGGAGUUUGGUUGGAACACUGGCGAAAUCAUGUCCCAAGAUACAAAGAUUUCACGUGGGUCUACAACAGGGAGGGUUCCACACAGACCUUGUCCAUGAUGCUCUGACCUGCUUUCCGAGCCUGGUUUCCUUUGGAUUGCCGACCGCGGAUUGUACGAGGGCCACUAUGGAUGUCAUUAAGGCUUCCCAGCUCCGGUACCACUCAUCUGCCACAACAGCGUCGCCACUGGGAUCAUGGAUAGGCGGAAUGAAGGAGUUGCCAGCAAUGAGGGAAGGGGCGUUCCUGACGAGCCUGACGAUCAUGAAUGUGAGCUCGAGCGAGAAAAUCAGCCUGGCGUUACACGAGUUCUUGUGCUGGACACCCUACCUGAAGGAGUUUUAUGCAUAUAAUACGACACUUUAUCUGGAGCAUAUGCAGUCAGCUGGAGCAAGUGAAGGAGAGGCUGUGGAGAUGCUGGAGCCCCGUCCUGUUGUUGUAACAGCACAACCUGUUACCACAAUGCCCUGUCAGCAGGAGCAGUAUUCGUCAAGGAGACGAAGCAGUAGCAGCAGCAGUGAGCAUAUGGAUGUCUACGUCCGUGCGUCUGAGCAUGAGUCUGGAUCCGAUGAAGGCGUCGCCAAUAGUCGCACAGGCGUGACUGUGUCUAAUCCAAGUCUCGUCGAUUCGCUUGUUGAGGCAACGACUGCAACACCUUCCUCCUCGGUUUUGUCGUCUACUCCAGUGGCAACUCCAACCAGUUCUACUUCAAGUAGUCGACAACAGCACAAGCAACAACAGCCGCAACGAUGGGCGUGUACAGGACUGGAAACACUUGUCGUCCGAUUCGCCCACCUCCCCUGGCGGAACAGCACCGAGCCCCCGAAACGAUCCAAAGACACCUUUGCUUUCUUGACGGGUCUCCAUAAGCUCAAGAAGCUGUGUAUCAAGGAAGGGCUGAUGUUGGAGGCUGGACGAGAGUAUGAUGCGUUGGUGCAGUUGCAGGGGUUGGAGGAGGUUGUGUUUACGACUUGUUAUCCGAUUCCUAUCAAGCCUUCUGAUUUAGAGUGGGUUGUUGCUGCAGGUCCUUUUUCGUCGUCGUCGUCGUUGCUGAAGAAGGUUGUUGUGAGGCGACAGAAGACGAAUACGGUGCUGGAUAAGGAGUUGAUGAGGUGGUUUGAAGAGCGAGAGCGUGAGGGGUGUGGAGUCAAGUUGUCGCUUCAGUUGACGGAUUGUUGUGAGGAAGAGUACCACUUUCCGUAG